CCUGGGCGGAGGGGGGGGGGGGCGGUGUUACACGGCUCCUUCAGCGGGACGCUGGGCCUCAUAGAUGGGCGGGCUGCAGCCUGGAUGAACGGAGAGGAGGAAUACCGGGAAGACGGCCUGGGGCUGUGCUGCUUCCACAAUGUUUGUCCAAUGCACCUGGAAGUGUGCAAGCUCCAUGCUGCUGAUUGCACUGCUGAGCUGCGUCCUUUCUCCUCCAGCACAGGCUGGCAAGAGCUCAGAGGACAUCCGCUGCAAAUGCAUUUGUCCCCCAUACCGGAACAUCAGCGGGCACAUUUACAACAAGAAUGUAUCACAGAAGGACUGCAACUGCCUGCAUGUUGUGGAGCCCAUGCCAGUGCCUGGGAAUGAUGUGGAGGCGUAUUGUCUGCUGUGUGAGUGCAAGUAUGAGGAGCGCAGCACCACCACCAUCAAGGUCAUUAUCAUCGUUUAUUUGUCUGUGGUGGGGGCACUGCUGCUCUAUAUGGCUUUCCUUGUGCUGGUGGACCCUCUGAUCCGAAAACCAGAUGCUUACACACAGCCCCUGCACAAUGAGGAGGAGAAUGAGGACUCUCGCUCCUUGGCUGCAGCCCCAACCCCAUCGGGGGCCAGAGCCAACACUGUGCUGGAGAGGGUGGAGGGAGCCCAGCAGCGCUGGAAGCGCCAGGUGCAGGAGCAGAGGAAGACAGUUUUUGACCGCCACAAGAUGCUGAGCUAGAGGAGCAGUGAUGCAGCACCAAGACCCUGGGUAGCUCAGCAGGUAGAGACAGACAGCAAGUCAUCCUUCUGCACAGCCAUGGUGUUGGCCUGAAAGCUCUAACCCUCUUUGAUUUAUCCUCUUGUAGAGAGGGGCAAGCCAAAAUGCUUGUCCCUUGUUUUUGUCCCCUUGCCCUGUUGUACAUCUCAGCCCAUAGGCUGAGACCUGCACUGACUGCUGGCCCCUGGCCGCAUGUAAACAGCCAUAGACAGCUCUGCCACCCCACUGCGUGGGUCACUGGGGGCUGCAGCUCCAGGGUGCUGUGCCACUGGCAUGAUGCCACAGGCACUGCUUGCUGGGGCUGACGUCUCCAUCAGCCCCGUGUUAGAAAGUCUUGGUGUGGAGUUCAGUGGGAUAAAAAUAAUGGGAUCAUUUUUUGUGGGAUAAAUUAUAUGGUGCUGCUCCAGGAUGAAGAAGCCGCCUCCAUCUCCAGUUUGCACUGAUGUUAAUUGGGAAUUCCAAAGCAUGACACACAUGCGCUGCAUGUGGGAUCCCUGCUGCUGGUCAGCUGCUGCUUGCAUUUCCUCUGGUGUAACCUGUGUGGGUUCCAUGUUAUUCAGUAGAGUUUCUCCAGAUUUACAACAGCAUAACAGAGACUGCAGUUUGUUUCUGUGCAGGAGAACGCUGAAUUAGCUUAACAAGUAAAAGAACAGGUACGCUGAUUUACAUUUCUAUCUCUGUUUACCUCCUUCAGCAGCAGAUAAAAAUACACUGGGGAGAAAGCUUUUAGUCUGUAACCCUGUUUGUAACCGUUGACAUUCACACGGUGCAUGAAAGGCAUUGUGUCCAAGAGAAGUGGGGCAGUGGCUUUGCUGGAGCACACCUUAUCUCUAAGUUAGAGAUAGGGGUUUGAAGGCUGAGCUAUUCGGUGGAUAAAGAUCUUUCUUUUGUUGGAGCUGGAACUGGAUGAUCUUUAAGGUCUCUUCUAACCCAAGUCAUUCUGUGGUCUGGGGCUCACAGCCCUAAGAAGGUCACCUUUGUGCUCCUUAAAGUUCCUGAGACCUCUGACUGUGCUUUGGCUGGUGGAAGAAAACAAGGUGAUUCUACAACGUGCAUCCCACUUACAACAUCAGGAAGGUGCUGGAGUUUAUCAUGUAGCAUCUCUGUAUUAAAUGCAGACAAAGAA